GUAGAGCCGGAGUUCAAGAUCUAGAAGAAUGAUGCUUCUCUGACCUGCCCGUCAUCCUGUCUGGGAUCCACCGUUACUGCCCAGCCCACGUGGGGUAAGCGUUGCCACUUAAAAUUAGCCAGGCACCACGGCUCAUAUCUGUAAUCCCAGCACUUUCGGAGGCUGAGGUGGGAGGAUUGCAUGAGCCCAGGAGUUCUGACACCAGCCUGGGCAACACAGGAGACCUCGUCUCUACAAAAAAUUGUAAAAUGACGCAUGGUGUGAGCCUGUGCCCCAGCUACUCAGGAGGCUGAGGCAGCAGGAUCGCUCGAGCCUAGGAAGUUGAGGUUGCAGUGAGCUUUGACGGGUAACCACUCCACUCCAGCCUGGGCAACGCAGCAAGACCCUGUCUCUUAAACCAGAGCGUCGCCCCUUCGGCUGCAUGGAAGCUGUUCUCAUCCUGGUACAGGUGAAUUUCGUGGAAAUUGCAGGGAGCAGAAAAGAAGGGGAAGGAGUCAGAUGGGGCAGCUGUCUCUCCACCUCCUGGUCCUGCAGGAGCUGGUCUUGCUGUGGUCUCUCCAGCUGCACUGGCCAGGAUGGGAAGACACAGGCAGGGCAAGGGCCGUGGGCUGGUCUCAGGGGGUCCCUCCUGUCCUCUGACCGCAUUCCUGGCUGCUCUUCCGACUCCCCUGGGGCUGGGCGGGGUGUUGGGAAACCACAGCUUGGUAUGGUGAGGUCAGGGUGGCCCCUGACUUCCCUGGGACAUAGUCCAGAGGGCAGCUCUGGGAUCUCCGACCACUUCCACCAGCCAAAUCUACCUCCCUGCUCCUGUUCUGGAACCUCCCACAGGUCCCCACUGCCCACAGGCCAAACUCUUCACCUUCCAGCUUCCUCCUCCAGCCUGACCUGGAUACUUUGCUCUCUUCCCAUUGAAGUGGGCACAUUCCCACCUCCGGGCCUUUGCUGAGGCUGUGCGGCCACCUGGAAUACCCUUCCCACCCCCCAUCCGUCCCUCGGACACAUCUCAUACAUCCUCAAGGCCCAGCCUCAAUGCCGCCUCCUCCAGGAAGGCUUCCUGGACUCCAUCCCAGCCGAUACUUCCCUCCUCCGGUCCUCCACAGGCCACCUUCUCAAGUGUCGGCUCCAAGGAGACAGAUGGCCUGGGAAUCAUCAGAUCCUGUGACUGGACCCUCCCUCCUCCCAGCCCAGUGCCCAGAGCCACCCAUGGGGUCUGCCCUCUCACCCCCAAUAACACAGGGCUAGGAACCCUGUCUCAGGGGCAGGUAGGAGGGGGACACAGCCCAGGGUGGGUGUCAUGGCCAUUCCUCUGCCCACCCACCCACAAACAGCCCAGCACAUAGGCUGGGCUCAGCACAAAAGUUCCGGGUCUGGGUUUGAAUCCGGUCCUCACCACUUCCUGGAACAGGACGCCUCCUCCAAGGAGCCUCCCUGGGUUGGCCCAAGCCCCCCAGGCUGGGUUUCCACUCCUGGGGUGCCCCCAGCUUGGCUGGUGCUCCAUCUUGGUCUGUGUUUUGGCCCAAAUCCCUUCUGGAGAGUGACGGGCUCCCCUCCACACUGAGGACACCCCCUGCUCCUUGCCGAGACCCCGCUUCUGCCUGGGUAACGCGAAGGUAGCAUUUGUUCAGUGCACGACCUCAUCUCACAGAGGCUCAGAUCACACAGAGGCUCACAACCACUCUCUGUGUUGCUCCAUUGAGCCAAACGUGUAUUAAGCACCAAAUGUAUGCAAGGCACUGUUCUGUGGGUAGAAGAGGGUGCCCUGUGGGAACCUGCGGGGAGGUGUUCCAGGCAGAGGGCACAGCCCGUGCAGAGGCCCUAAGGCAGGGCCAUGCCAGGUGUGCUGGAGGCAUAGCGAGGAGGCCUGCGUGGCUGGGAUGAAGCAAGCGAACGAGGAAGCUGGGGGAGAUGAGAGCAGAGAAGAAGCUGGAUGUUACGGGACGUGGUGCGGAGUAUGAGGGAGAAAACUGAGGCACAAAGAUGGUAACCGGCCAAGGCGUCCUGGCGCAGCAGGGAUUUGAACUACACCCACCUCGUGGAUGGAACUGGAGGCAGGACGGCACACAGGCGGUCCCUCAGGCCCAGGAGGGGAGCCCAGCUGGCCUGUGAGCCACUCAGCCUGAUGCAAGCUGUGGGCAGGGAACAGGGGAAAGGUGCUGGACCCAGGCCCACGCUGGGCUGGGCAGGUGGCCACGUGACCAUCCAGGCCACCUCCCCCGGGCCCAUUGGCCGCCUGCCCCUGCUGGCUGGGCCUGCGCCUGCCCCAGACCCUAUAAGGCCAGGGAGCCGAAGGCAGAGCCAGCUGCCAGCCGGGCCGGUCCGUCCUCCAGGGAACCCCGCGCAGUCCAGCUUCUCACGUUCUUACUAUGUCUGCUCCGGACGAAGGGAGACGGGAUGCCCCCAAACCGAAGGGCAAGACCCUGGGCAGCUUCUUUGGGUCCCUGCCUGGCUUCAGCUCUGCCCGGAACCUGGUGGCCAACGCACAUAGCUCGGCGAGAGCCCAGCCAGCUGCUGAGCCCGCAGGAGUGCCUGCCGCCGAGGCUGCCCAACCACAGGCUCAGGUGGCUACCCACCCAGAGCAGACGGCCCCAUGGACGGAGAAGGAGCUGCAACCUUCGGAAAAGCAGAUGGUGUCCGGGGCCAAAGACCUGGUGUGUUCCAAGAUGUCCAGGGCCAAGGAAGCUGUGUCCUCCGGGAUGGCCAGCGUGGUGGACGCGGCUAAGGGAGUGGUACAGGGAGGCCUGGACACCACUCGGUCUGCACUCACGGGCACCAAGGAGGCGGUGUCCAGCGGGGUCACAGGGGCCAUGGACAUGGCUAAGGGGGCCGUCCAAGGGGGUCUGGACACCUCGAAGGCUGUCCUCACCGGCACCAAAGACACGGUGUCCGCUGGGCUCACGGGGGCAGUGAAUAUGGCUAAAGGGACCGUACAGGCCGGCGUGGACACCACCAAGACUGUGCUGACCGGCACCAAAGACACAGUGACUGCUGGGGUCACGGGGGCAGUGAACUUGGCCAAAGGGACUGUCCAGACCGGCGUGGACACCUCCAAGGCUGUGCUGACUGGCACCAAAGAUGCUGUGUCCACUGGGCUCACAGGGGCAGUGAAUGUGGCCAGAGGAACCAUUCAGACCGGCGUGGACACCAGUAAGACUGUCCUAACAGGUACCAAGGACACCGUCUGCAGUGGGGUGACCGGUGCCGUGAACGUGGCCAAAGGGGCCGUGCAGGGGGGCCUGGACACCACCAAGUCUGUGGUCAUAGGUACAAAAGACACAGUGUCCACUGGGCUCACGGGGGCAGCGAACGUGGCCAAGGGGGCUGUCCAGACGGGUGUAGACACAGCCAAGACCGUGCUGACCGGCACCAAGGACACAGUCACUACUGGGCUCAUGGGGGCAGCGAAUGUCGCCAAAGGGACCGUCCAGACAGGCGUGGACACCACCAAGACUGUGCUGACCGGUACCAAGGACACCGUCUGCAGUGGGAUGACAGGUGCUGCGAAUGUGGCCAAGGGGGCCGUCCAGGGGGGCCUGGACACUACAAAGUCUGUCCUGACUGGCACUAAAGAUGCUGUGUCCACUGGGCUCACAGGUGCCGUGAAUGUGGCCAAAGGGGCUGUCCAGACCGGCGUGGACACCACCAAGACCGUGCUGACCAGUACCAAGGACACCGUCUGCACUGGGGUCACCGGUGCCAUGAAUGUGGCCAAAGGGGCCGCCCUGACGGGUGUAAACACGGCCAAGACCGUGCUGACCGGCACCAAGGACACAGUCACUACUGGGCUCAUGGGGGCAGCGAAUGUCGCCAAAGGGACCGUCCAGACAGGCAUGGACACCACCAAGACUGUCCUGACCGGUACCAAGGACACCGUCUGCAGUGGGGUGACUGGUGCUGCGAAUGUGGCCAAAGGGGCCGUCCAGGGGGGCCUGGACACUACAAAGUCUGUCCUGACUGGCACCAAAGAUGCUGUGUCCAUGGGAGUCACCGGGGCAGUGAACUUGGCCAAAGGGACCAUCCAGACCGGCGUGGACACCAGUAAGACUGUGCUAACCGGCACCAAGGACACCGUCUGCAGUGGGGUGACCGGUGCCGUGAACGUGGCCAAAGAGGCCGUGCAGGGGGGCCUGGACACAACCAAGUCUGUGGUCAUAGGUACAAAAGACACAGUGUCCACUGGGCUCACGGGGGCAGCAAACAUGGCCAAGGGGGCUGUCCAGACGGGUGUAGACACGGCCAAGACCGUGCUGACCGGCACUAAGGACACAGUGACUACUGGGCUCAUGGGGGCAGCGAACGUCGCCAAAGGGACUGUCCAGACAGGCAUGGACACCACCAAGACUGUCCUGACUGGCACCAAGGACACCGUCUGCAGUGGGGUCACCAGUGCCAUGAAUGUGGCCAAGGGGGCUGUGCAAACUGGGCUGAAAACGACCCAAAAUAUCGCAACAGGUACAAAAAACACCCUUGGCAGUGGGGUGACCAGUGCUGUGAACGUGGCCAAAGGGGCCGCCCAAACGGGUGUAGACACGGCCAAGACCGUGCUGACCGGCACCAAGGACACAGUCACUACUGGGCUCAUGGGGGCAGCGAAUGUCGCCAAAGGGACCGUCCAGACCGGUGUGGACACCACCAAGACUCUGCUAACCGGCACCAAGGACACCAUCUGCAGUGGGGUGACUGGUGCCGUGAAUGUGGCCAAAGGGGCCGUCCAAGGGGGCCUGGACACCACCAAGUCUGUGGUCAUAGGUACAAAAGACACAGUGUCCACUGGGCUCACGGGGGCAGCGAACGUGGCCAGGGAGGGUGUCCAGACAGGUGUAGACACAGCCAAGACCGUGCUGACCGGCACUAAGGACACAGUCACUACUGGGCUCAUGGGGGCAGCGAAUGUCGCCAAAGGGACCGUCCAGACAGGCGUGGACACCACCAAGACUGUGCUGACCGGUACCAAGGACACCGUCUGCAGUGGGGUGACUGGUGCUGCGAAUGUGGCCAAAGGGGCCAUCCAGGGGGGCCUGGACACUACAAAGUCUGUCCUGACUGGCACUAAAGACGCUGUGUCCACUGGGCUCACGGGGGCUGUGAACUUGGCCAAAGGGACCGUCCAGACCGGCGUGGACACCACCAAGACCGUGCUGACCGGCACCAAGGACACCGUCUGCACUGGGGUCACCGGUGCCAUGAAUGUGGCCAAGGGGGCUGUGCAAACUGGGCUGAAAACGACCCAAAAUAUCGCAACAGGUACAAAAAACACCCUUGACAGUGGGGUGACCAGUGCUGUGAAUGUGGCCAAAGGGGCCGCCCUGACGGGUGUAGACACGGCCAAGACCGUGCUGACCGGCACCAAGGACACAGUCACUACUGGGCUCAUGGGGGCAGCGAACGUCGCCAAAGGGACCGUCCAGACAGGCGUGGACACCACCAAGACUGUGCUGACUGGUACCAAGGACACCGUCUGCAGUGGGGUGACUGGUGCCGUGAAUGUGGCCAAGGGGGCCGUCCAGGGGGGCCUGGACACUACAAAGUCUGUCCUGACUGGCACUAAAGACACCGUGUCCACUGGGCUCACAGGGGCUGUGAAGUUGGCCAGAGGGACUGUCCAGACCGGCGUGGACACCAGCAAGACUGUCCUAACUGGUACCAAGGACACCAUCUGCAGUGGAGUCACUGGUGCUGUGAAUGUGGCCAAAGGGACCGUCCAGACAGGUGUGGACACAGCCAAGACGGUGCUGAGUGGCACUAAGGAUGCAGUGACUACUGGAGUCAUGGGGGCAGUGAAUGUGGCCAAAGGAACCAUGCAGACCGGCGUGGACACCUCCAAAACUGUGCUUAUGGGUACCAAGGAUACUGUCUGCAGUGGGGUUACCGGUGCCGUGAGCACGGCCAAAGGGGCUGUCCAGGGGGGCCUGGACACCACCAAGACAGUGCUGACCGGAACCAAAGACGCAGUGUCCGCUGGGCUCAUGGGGUCAGGGAACGUGGCGACAGGGGCCAUCCACACUGGCCUCAGCACCUUCCAGAAUUGGUUACCUAGUACCCAGGCCCCCUCCUGGGGUGGACUCACCAGUUCCAGGACCACAGACAAUGGUGGGGAGCAGACUGCCCUGAGCCCCCGAGAGGCCCCGUUCUCUGGCGUCUCCAGGCCCCUAGAUGUACUCAGUGUAGGCCUGGAGCCUGCCUGGGAAGCUGCAGCCACUACCAAGGGCCUUGCGACUGACGCGGCGACGUUCACCCAAGGGGCCGCUCCAGGCAAGGAGGACACAGGGCUCUUGGCCACCACACACGGCCCCGAAGAAGCCCCACGCUUGGCAAUGCUGCGGAAUGAGUUGGAAGGGCUGGGGGACAUCUUCCACCCCAUGAAUGCAGAGGAGCAAGCUCAGCUGGCUGCCUCCCAGCCCGGGCCAAAGGUGCUGUCGGCGGAACCGGGGAGCUACUUUGUUCGUUUAGGUGACCUGGGUCCCAGCUUCCGCCAGCGGGCAUUUGAACAUGCGGUGAGCCACCUGCAGCACGGCCAGUUCCAAGCCAGGGACACUCUGGCCCAGCUCCAGGGCUGCUUCAGGCUGAUUGAAAAGGCCCAGCAGGCUCCAGAAGGACAGCCGUGUCUGGACCAGGGCUCAGGUGCCAGUGUGGAGGACGCUGCUGUCCAGGAGGUGGGUCUGGCACAGGGCUGGGGUCCCCCCACCCCGCCCAUGGGUCUCCACUCACCUCGCGCCUUCCUCCCACAGGAGCGGGAUGCCGGGGUUCUGUCCAGGGUCUGCGGCCUUCUCCGGCAGCUGCACACGGCCUACAGUGGCCUGGCCUCCAGCCUCCAGGGCCUGCCCGCCGAGCUCCAGCAGCCGGUGGGGCGGGCGCGGCACAGCCUCUGUGAGCUCUAUGGCAUCGUGGCCUCGGCCGGCUCUGUAGAGGAGCUGGCUGCAGAGCGGCUGGUGCAGAGCCGUGAGGGUGUGCACCAGGCUUGGCAGGGGCUAGAGCAGCUGCUGGAGGGCCUACAGCACAACCCCCCGCUCAGCUGGCUGGUAGGGCCCUUCACCUUGCCCCCUGGCGGGCAGCAGCUGUAGGAGCCUGCAGGCCCGGUGCGGGGUCGCCCUGCUCUGCCCGGGGAGGAGCUGCCUCAGACCUUCUCCCCGCCCCCAAACCUGGAUCGGUUCCCUAAAGCCCUAGACCUUUGGGGCUGCAGCUGGCUGAGCACCGAGGGGCUGCGGAGGCAGUGACCUUCUAAGCUGGGCCACCCCACGCCCUGCUCUAGGUCUGCCUGCACCUCCCACGUCCUCCCCAGCGCUGCCUGCUCCUCUCGGAGCCUGGGGUCAUUUAGCCCACCAGCCAAGAGCCUUCCCUUGAAGACCCCAAGUGAGCACUGCAAUUAGGAAAGAGAAAAAGCAGCAUGCCCAGCCUGGAAGGGCAUCUGUUUGCCCCGCUAGCAACCCUUUUAUAUCUAGCCAGGCUCUUCCAGUCCUGUAGCACAGGCCCCCAGCUAUCAGCGGUGCAGGCAGUGCUGUGGCAUCCCAGGCUCCGGGCAGCUGUCCUCAUGCUGAAAGUGGGUCUCUGGCCUUAGCACACCUUGAGGGUCUUAAGAACCACAUUCCCUCAUACUAGAAGGUACUAGAAAAUGUGACACUUGCCAUCAUCAUCCCAAGGCAGGCUGCUACUGCCUUUGCUGACCCCCAGGGUGGCCUCACGGUCAGGACAAAGCUGCCAGGAGCCACAGCUGGGGCUUUGCACCAGCCUAGCUUCAGACUGCGCAAUUUGCAGGGGGUGGGGGGGGGGUGCAAAAACAAGCAAACAGGCUGCUUCUGCCUCCAGCCGCCCACCACAAGCCUGCCCCGGGCACCUGGGGCUCUGAGGCCCCUGGGGAGGCUGGGCCCAGCGGCUGCCCCUGGAGAACACAGACAAAGGACUUCCCCGCAGGGAACUGUGCCCUAUGGAGGGAUCAGACAGGGCUGGGAACAGCCACAGAGGCCGUGUGCCUGUGACACAGCCCCUCCUCCCCUGCACACUCCCCCUGGGUCCUCACGCCUACCCAAGUGCUGGGCUACAGAGGAAGCAGGGCUGGGGAGGCUGCGGGCAUCAAAGACACUGGCGGUGGCGGACCCACCCGCCGGGCAAGGCCGCCCAACCCUUUGCUCUUACGCUGGCCCAGGUCGUGGAGGCUGGCAGGGUCGGGUGUGAGAAGUGCCGUGGCUGCGCUCAGUCCAGUGGGAAGGAGCCGUUCAGCCCGGCCUCCCCAGGAAGCCAUAUCCCCACUCGCCCGGUAAGAGAACCUUGCCAUCCCCUUUCCACUCUCUCCUAGGACACAAGCCGAGGAACCCCAGACCCGGGGGGGAGGAAGGGUGGAGGGGCUGCUGGCUCCCAGGGGUCACCGUGCGCACUGGCGGCCGUGAGGGGCCGGGGCAUUCAGCUCAGCUCUGAACUGGGGAAGCUGGCACAGCAGGGACAGCCUCAGGUGACGGGCCGUGAGAGGGGACGGGUCAGGAGCCUUCCCGAGCCUUCUCCUCAGCCUGACACCCAUGGCCAUCGGAGGCUAGGACGCCAGACACAGCCAUUUGCAGAAAUCAGGCACAGUGACUGCAGCUUAUGUCCAGCCAACCAAGCAUGGGGCCGGGGCUCGGGAAGUCCCUUCCCGCCGCACCACAGCCUAAUUCUUACUGGGACGGAGGACAAACACGAGACGCCACUGUGGAAUGAGCAACUUCGGUGCAUGGGGUGACUUGCUAGGGACCGUGCCCACGUGACAGUCCCUUAUGCAAAGGAGGAAAGAGAAGCCCCGAGUGGGAGGGCAACUGUCCAAAGUCACAGGGUGCGCGGGUGACACAGGGUGAGUCGAGGCUGGCCCGAGGCCCAUGCUCCUUGAACACUGGAGACCACUGUCAGCUAGCAGUGGCCCUUAGGCAAGGCCCGGUCUGUACCCUCCCAGCCCAGCCUUGGGGGCCCUCGCCCUCCCCACAUCUGACCUGCUCACCUGCCUGGACGCUGGGCUGCCAGAGGCAGGAAGCAUCAAACUCCCCAGCCUCGUGGGUGAGGGCCGGGUGCAGGCAGCACAGCUUAGAUGCCCUGGUUUGUCCCUCGUCUCCUGGGAAGCGCUUGCUCCCGCCCAGCUCUCCCGUCACCGGCCUUUCAGGGUUGGGCUAGGCCCAGAGUGCCUUUUAGUCGAUUCUCACGGUGGCCCGAUGGCUCAACCCCGUCCCAAACAGGCCCAGUGAUGCUGCCACCUGCUCCCCAGCUCAGGCCCCCACUGCACCAGCAAUGCUAGAAAACCAAGCCAAUAAAAGUGAUUUCUUUUUUCAUUAAAAAA